UGUUCUCUUCUGCCCUCUCUCAGGUGGUUUGGUGAUGGGAACAGGCAUCGAGUCGUCCUCUCAUAUUUACGGGUUGUUUCAGCACAUCUGUGUCGCAUUUGAGCUGGUUCUGGCUGAUGGCAGCUUAGUGCGCUGCACUGAGGAGGAGAACUCUGAUCUGUUCCACGCUGUCCCGUGGUCCUGUGGGACUCUGGGCUUCCUGGUUGCAGCUGAGAUUAAAAUAGUUCCUGCUAAGUCCUGGGUGAAGCUGCGAUACGAGCCGGUGCGAGGACUGGGGAACAUCUGCAAACGUUUCGCUGAAGAAUCGGGAAACAAGCAGAACACGUUUGUAGAAGGUCUGCAGUACAGUCUGGACUCUGCUGUCAUCAUGACGGGAACCAUGACGGAUGAGGCAGAGCCUGAUAAGAUUAACAGGAUCGGCCUGCACUUUAAACCCUGGUUCUUCAAACACGUGGAGAGCUUCCUGAAAGGUGACGACACGGGAGUGGAAUACAUUCCUCUGAGACAGUACUACCACAGACACACACGCAGCAUCUUCUGGGAGCUUCAGGAUAUAAUCCCCUUUGGGAACAACCCGGUGUUUCGUUGGCUGUUUGGGUGGAUGGUUCCUCCUAAAAUCUCUCUGCUGAAGCUCACUCAGGGAGAAACCAUUCGACGUCUUUAUGAGCAGCACCACGUGGUCCAGGACAUGCUGGUACCCAUGAAGAAUCUGCAGGCUGCAAUAACACGCUUCCACGAGGACAUCCACGUGUAUCCUCUGUGGCUGUGUCCAUUCCUGCUCCCCCCCGGCAGGGGGAUGGUUCACCCCAAAAGUGGGGAGGAAGAGCUGUACGUGGACAUCGGGGCUUAUGGGGAGCCGAAAGUCAAACACUUUGAAGCUAAAGCAUCGACGCGUCAGCUGGAGAAGUUUGUCAGAGACGUGCAUGGCUUCCAGAUGUUGUAUGCAGACGUGUACAUGGACAGAGAGGAGUUUUGGGAGAUGUUUGAUGGUCGGCUGUAUCACAGACUGAGAGACGAGCUCGGCUGUAAGGACGCCUUCCCAGAGGUGUACGACAAAAUCUGUAAAUCUGCACGACACUGACCGUCACAGGAGCCUCAGCAGCAGGUUGCUGGACGUUUCACAAAAAAAAAAAAAAAAAAAUUGUUUC